AUGAAUGCGAACAGAACUCUACAAAAGGGACCACGCCAAGUUUAUGACCAUAUGAAGGACGGUGAAGUAGGACGGUGCGUAGCGAUGAGAAGAGUUCAUUGGUUAACUCCUACGAUAAUUGCUAUUGCCACGAUUGAGUACCGAGGUGCUUUUAAAAGCGUCAGUCCGUAUCUUGUUACAGCCGCUGCUGGAGAGGAACUGUUGAAAGUUAGCGGUGCUUCGCGACCUCUUUCACUAGAAUUACAAGAUAAACCGAAACCCCGUAUUUUGUCGCCACCUUACUAAAAUUUUACGCUUGGCAUCGGGAAUAAACGUGAACCUUUUCCGAGAAGCUCGGAUACGGAAAUAGGUGGAUAUUCUGUGCCAAAAAACCCAGUAGUGUCAGCGGAAUUGUCUUUCAUUCUCAACGAUGAGAACAUGUUCCCAAAUCCAGAUGUGUUCGGCCCAUACAGAAUUGAUGAUCCGUUAUCCUCAAUAGUAGUUCUGUUCGGGUUGGGGAUGAGGAUAGAAACAUCAAACCAGGUAAGUUUUCGUAUUCGAAGACUAUCUCCAUAUUCUUGGAUCAUCGGCAAUCUUCUACUUCGCUAUCAGGUGUUGUAG